CCUGUCCCCUCUCCACUUCCUGUAAACAAAGCAGCCGCUGUCAAGUUCCUGUGUUUUUCUCGCUCACUGUCUGCUCCAUCCCGCCGCCGGAGGACCAUGGCCCAGGCCGGCGUGGUGCUGGACAAGGACCAGUUCAACUGCUCCAUAUGUCUGGACGUGCUCAAGGACCCGGUGACGAUCCCCUGCGGACACAGCUACUGCUCGAGCUGCAUCCAGGACUACUGGGACCAGGACGACUACCUGGGCGUGUUCGUCUGCCCGCAGUGCCGCCACAACUUCAACCCGAGGCCGGUGCUCGCCAGGAACACCAUGCUGGCCGACGUGGUGGAGAAGUUCCGGAAGACCGGACUGCAGGAGGCCGCGGCGGCGGCGGCGGCGCCCGCCGCACACCAGGGCCUCGCGGGGGCCGACGACGUGGGCUGCGACGUGUGCCCCGGCCGGAAGAACAAGGCGGUCAAGUCGUGCCUGGUGUGUCUGGCCUCGUACUGCGACGUCCACGUCCAGCCGCACUACGAGUCGGCCGCGUUCAAGAAGCACAAGCUGGUGUCCGCCUCCACGAAGCUGCAGGAGAACAUCUGUCCGCGGCACGACAAGCUGCUGGAGGUGUACUGCCGCAGCGACAAGCAGUGCAUCUGCUACCUGUGUCUGACGGACGAGCACAAGGGCCACGACACGGUGCUGGCCGAGGCGGAGAUGCAGGACAGGCAGCGGCAGCUGGGUGACAUGAAGCAGAGCUCUCAGAUGAGAAUUCAGCUCCGAGAGAAGGAGGCCCAGGAGCUGAGACGAGCCAUUUUCUCUCUCAUCCGCUCCGCCCGGGCAGCGGCGGAAGAAAGCGACGGCGUUUUCACCGAACUGAUCCGGUCGAUGGAGCUGAAGCGUUUCGAGGUGAGGGAGCUGAUCAACGCCCAGGAGAAGAUGGCCGUCAGUCAGGCCGAGCAGCUGCUGGACAAGAUCCAGCGGGAGAUCGCUGAGCUGAAGAAGAGCGAGGCCGAGCUCGACAAGCUUUCCCACACCGAGGACCACGUCCAUUUCCUCAAAAGCUGCCAGUCCCUCCACGCUCCACCUGUGCUGUCAGCUUUGCCCCCCGUCACAGUCGACCCCAGCCUCACCUUUGGCCCCGUGAUGACGGCGGUGUCUGAUUUCAAAGGACUGCUGCAGGAGGUCUGCCAGGGAGGAUUCGUCAGCAUCUACGAAAGAGUGAGAGACGUGGUGAUUGUAGGUCAUUUUUCAAAUCCUGCCGCACAGACGGACACGACACAGUCGGGUGAUUCUGGGUCAAACGGACUAAUGCAAGCUGCACUAGCGAUCCCUCCGCCUGGGCUCGACCAAAGUCCCGUGAAUCCCCUCAAUCCUUUCCUCGCUCAGGCACCUGCCGUGCCCACGUUUGCCUUCUCACCAUUCGGUGCCAAACUCUCCUCAGGAUCCAGACAGAGGCACUUUCAGCGACGCGCUCACCCCAGGAGGAAAUAGACUUCUGUCACAGCAUUUCACGUGCACCCACCUACACGGACUUGGACACCAUUUGACUUGACUCCCCUCACAAAUAUGUACUGACACGUACAAAUUGUACAUUUUAGCAAUUAAUCUCUUGGCAUACAUCAAUUCCAUCGGUUUGUUUUCACCAAUAAGCUGUACUCGCAUCUUGCAUCGUAGCGCAGGUGGGAAAGAGGCGAAGGGGAAGGCAUUUGGACAAAGCAGGACUGAACUCACUGCAUCUUAUUUCAGCAUUUUCAAGGAAAAUCCACCUUGAAAUUUAGUACAAUUUUAGUUUUUAUCAAGCUGUUAUUUAAGUAUUUGUCUCUUUUUUUAAAAACCAAAACUCUGCUCACACACUUUUUGCUCUACAGACAUGUGUAAUAAUAAUAUAUUGUGAUGUUUGGUGUGCUGGCAUUGAAAGAAAAGCAAAUGGGCGAUGAAAAAGACAAGAUGUUCUCGGAGGGAAUGUUUUUUUGCAUGUGUGCUGGUUCAUAUUUCAUUGUGUUCUCAGCACGUCCUGGGCAAACGGGUUGACUGCGCACACACAGGAAGCCUGUAGCUCUUUUAUGUAAAACAUCAUGUCAAAUAAUUGUCAUGUGGAUGCAUCUCCUGCCUACCCGCUGUAUGUCUUCCCAGUAAAGGUGGUUCAAUACGA